AUGACACUCACCCGCACACCAAUCGGCUCGAUUCCACGCCGUGAUUCCCACAUCGACACCCACAUCACCCAGCAGUUCACCGGAAUAGACCGACGGUCCGCCUCAGGCUUAAAACGAUCAUCGGCUUUCACCUGCCUCAUUCGAAUAUUACCCGCUCCAAUGGCCGAACUCGCUUCCACCUACGCCGCCCUCAUCCUUGCCGAUGAAGGUCUCGAAAUCACCGCCGACAAGAUCAACACCUUGUUGUCCGCCGCUAAGGUCGAAAUCGAACCCAUCUGGGCUACCCUUCUCGCCAAGGACGGAGUCGUACUUGCGGUCGAGAAAUUAGUCCAAUCGAAGCUAUUGGUCCCAGGGAGCGACCGAAGACUGCGGACGGUGGACCUCCAUAUCGGCCUCGCAACUGUUGGUUUAUUGGCUGAUGGAAGACAGCUAGGACAUCGGGCUACAGCAGAGGCCGCUUCCUACAAGCAAAACUACAACGACCCGAUCCCGAUCAAAGACGGCUCGCCCGACCUAUUCUGCCUCGAACCUAGCGGGGUCUUCUGGGGUUACCGCGGUUGUGCGAUCGGUAAGGAACGAACUCUCGCGCGAACGGAGAUUGAGAAAUUGAAGUUGGAAGAGAUGUCCGCGCUUGAAGCGGUCGAACAUGCCGCCAGAAUAAUACACAUGGUCCACGACGAAGUAAAGGACAAAGACUUCGAGCUGGAGAUGUCGGGGAUCUCGGUCUCAGAGACUAACUCCAAACAUGCCCCCGUCCCUCAACCGAUCAUCGAGGCCGCCGAGGUCAAGGCUAAAGAAGCCCUCUCCUCUGAAAUGGAAGAUUGA